CCGCGCAGAGGCCGCAUGUGGAUGGAGCUUUUUACGCACAGCAACGAUUUCUGGAGAGCCUGCAGAAAAAAAAGUGGUCAGCGUUGGCAUCACUGUCAGGCGGAUAUCAAACCGAUAACCUGCUGUGAUCUCUGCAGAACAUUCCAGAUAAACUCUGCGCUGAUCUCUGAGGUCUUACUGAAGGGAGCCGAGCGAAGAUUUACUGAGGACAGAGACAGCAAAGGGAUUCCUGCAACUGGAAUGGAACUGAAUCUGUCGAAGAACGGGAUUUCUUGUGGGGAGCCAGGUGGGAUGAAUUUGGACAGAAUCGCAGAGGCAGUGAGAGCCCCGCCGGCCCGCGACGUGGCCCCCGCGUUUCAUUUACCGAGAACUUCGAACAGCAGUCGAGAAACUUUAGAGAACUCAAGCAGCGAGUCUUCAGACACAGAGUUGGCAGAAAAGGAGAGGAGCGCUGAACACCGGAGCGAUGACGGCAACGCGGACGAUCCCAAGAAAAAGAAGCAGCGGCGGCAGCGGACUCACUUCACCAGCCAGCAGCUGCAGGAGCUGGAAGCCACUUUCCAAAGGAACCGUUACCCGGACAUGAGCACCAGGGAGGAAAUCGCGGUGUGGACCAACCUGACCGAGGCCAGAGUUCGGGUGUGGUUCAAAAACCGCCGGGCCAAGUGGAGGAAGCGGGAGCGGAACCAGCAGAUGGACCUGUGCAAGAACAGCUACCUGCCGCAGUUCAGCGGCCUCAUGCAGCCCUACGACGACAUGUACCCGGCGUACACCUACAACAACUGGACCAACAAGGGCCUCACCCCGGCGCCGCUGUCCACCAAGAACUUCACCUUCUUCAACUCCAUGAGCCCCCUCACCUCGCAGUCCAUGUUCUCGGCACCCAACUCCAUCUCCUCCAUGACCAUGGCCUCCGGGAUGGGCCACUCGGCCGUGCCGGGCAUGCCCACCCCGGGCCUCAACAACAUCAGCAACCUGAACGGGAUCGGCACGUCCGGGAUCAACUCGGCCAUGUCGUCGCCCGCGUGUCCGUACGGGCCUCCCGGCUCUCCGUACAGCGUUUACCGGGACACUUGUAACUCCAGCCUGGCCACCCUCAGACUCAAAUCCAAGCAGCACCCGACCUUUGGAUACAGCGGGCUGCAGAGCCCCGGCUCGAGCCUGAACGCGUGUCAGUACAACAGCUGAUUUUUACAGCUGCGUCUUACAAAUAUUAAUACAGACAUAUAUAUGUAUAUGUAUAUAUAUAUAUGUGUGUGUGAUAAACGGACACGAUCUGAGAGCUUAGAGGCUACCUGCGGAUGGGGAAAAAAAAAAGAAAUCAAAGACAACUAAACUGGAUUAGUUGCGGUCAUUUUUCAAAAGAGAAAAAAUGGAUUAUGCGGGUUAAAUGUGUUUACCAAUGAACUUGCACAGCAAUCGAAAUGUCCAGGUUUUUUUUUUUUUUUGUAAUGAUGAAGACGUGUUACAUUGCUGCAUUGUACAUAUAUAAAUGUAAAUAUAUACAGGCCUAACAUAUAAAACAGACGGUGGUAUUUGCUUUUCUUUUUCUGUGUGUGUGUUCGUGCGCUCGCUUUGCUUUUUGAAGACUCUCGACGGAAACCUGGAUUUCUGCGAGAUUGAAAAAAAAAAAUUAGAAAAAGUGUCGAGCAUAUUCCAGACUCAACAAGAAGAAAAGAAAGAAAAAAAAAGAAGAAAUCUGGCUUUUAUUGUACAUAUUUUAUACUGCUUCUGUGUGCUUUCUAUUUACAGUCUAUGCAGGAAACCACCAGUCUGACUCCAGUGACUUUACUUUAAAAUGUUUUUGGUCUUUUUUUUUCCCUCAUUUUUUUUUUGUUUGAAAACCCAUUUAAAAAAAAAUCCCGCAUGUUUAACUUGAGUGCAACGUGUUUUGUACGAUAAUGUAAGACUUUGCAGAAGUUCAUUAGCCUAAACUGUAUACAACUACAAAAAAAAAAAAGAAAGAAAAAAAGGGUGAUUCAGAGUCACUCAUGUGUUUAUGGUAACAUGUUUGUUUGAAUAAAACUCCAGGAAAAAGAGAGGUUUAUUUCAA